GUCCACUACAAGCAAUUUCCACCCACGACGACCACCACCCCGGCCGGGUAUGUGGCGCCGCCCCCGCCGAGGUUCUGCCCGGCGGAGUUCGUCUGCCCGGGCGGGAUGACGGUGAAGGACGGUGAUGUAAAACUCUAUCAGUGCCGGUCCCCGUAUGGUUGCGUGGCGCUCGAUUGCUGCAAAGUAUCGGAGAAGAGUGUGUUUCAAGACGUGGCGUUUUCUGGAAAAAUGGCGGAGUUUUUGGACGCGAACCACGUACUCGGUUUCAAGUACAAAACUGGGUUUGAUAAAGAACAGAUCUUUUCCACCGGUAGAGGUAUCCUAUGUAAAAACACCCCCACCCCAGAGUUGUCAUGCAAAUCUGCAUGCUGAGAAUGUCUCUCAUGCGGAGCCCCAUGAGAAGCAUUUUUUAUUCGCGUUUGGAAAUUUGUCAUGCUCCAAUCAACAUGGGAAACCGGAUCUGUGAUGCUGCUGAACUACCUCAAACAGCACUACACUACGAGCCCAAAUCUGUCAUGCAAAACAGCCAACACUUGUGGAUCUGUCUAGCCGAUUCCCCAUCUUGACUAUGGGGUGGGGACGUUUUUACAUAGGAUAAGAGGAUCGUCGAGUUCAUCUGCUGCGGAAUUCCUCUCUUCCACCACCGCUUUCUUAGAGUUCGACGCGAAGAAGGUACUGGAUGCGUACUUCACUGCCCACCAGUUCACAUCUUCGAACUCCCCGGUGACUUUGUCCACAACGGAUGCAGGGAAAAUCGAAUAUGAGAGCAUCAAACACUUCUCCACGAUCGAAAACGAUUUUUAUCUGAACCACGGUGGUCUUGCCGUGCAAAACCAGCUCCGAAUGAAAUCCCAGACGGAUAUCGACGCGAUUUUCGCCGAUUCCGCUCUGGAAAUUCAGUUCACGCCAAUCAGAGCGAUCCUCAAUUCCGCUUUCGGCGAGGCGUUAAUGGAUUUGACCGGUGUGGAGAAUCUCACGCCGUUCCACGUGAACAGCAGACUGAGGAAGAUCACGGGAACAGGUGCGGAUCUGAAGGUUGAGCUGGCGGUUUCGAUCCCCUACGCCACCCCGGAGUCCGGCUUUUUGAAGUUGAUCUUCAAGAAGCUGGACAGUACUAGUACCGCGGGAGGUACUACCAGCGCAGAUAACUCCGUUUUCGGCAGCCGGAUGAACAAAGCGUUAGCGAAGACGUUUGGGAUGAGCGACCCAAAUUCUGCGGAUUUUUAUCCUGUGUAAAAACGUCCCCACCCCAGAGUUGUCAUGCAGAUCUGCAAUUGCAGGAACAUUUGUAAUGCGCGUCCCCAAGGGAGGCAUUUCCAAUCGUGUUUUGGCAUUUGUAAUGCUGCGAACAGGAUAAGCAGAUGGAUUUGUGAUGCGGCCGUUCUUGCUAACAUGCACUACACUACGGACUGCAACUUGUCAUGCGUGGGUCCCAAAACUUCUGGAUUUGUGUUGCUACGUUCCCAACUUGACUAUGGGGUGGGGACGUUUUUGCAUAUGAUAACUUCGGAAUCAAAAUCACCGAAGACGCGAAGGAAACGCAAUUUGUGACCGCGAAGAUAAGAUUAUCGCCGGAAGUGAAGGAGUCGCAGGAACUAACAAGUACGAUUCCCAGUACUGGCGCAAAUCUCAAGCAGUCUGCUUUCUCCGACGAUUCCAUGCUGUCGGUAGCUCAGGCUGCGGGGAGAAGUGCUGUGUUGGACAUCCUGGGGCAGGCGGGGUCGAAGGUGAGCACGCCGUGGUCUUUGUUGGCCAUUCCGGAGGCGGUGCAGAAUGAAGCUGGUUCAUCUUCU